AAAGCAGUGUUCAUCAUGCCACAAAGCAGUUGGUAUUUCACUCGAAAUGGCUACACGAAACGAAAGCCACAGCGUCAUCUACCGACAUUACCUGACUGUUUGCUGCCAGCUGAUAGCCACUACAAAAACAAUGCCAAAAGCAACUGGCAACGUCAAAAGAUGGACGCUGAGAAGGAGGAAGCCAGGAAUUUGCAGGUGGAGUUCGAGUGGGUUCUGCGCGAAGAGGUGCAUUCGAUAUUAAAACAAUUGAGGAAAAUAUUAGUGGAGUGUGCUCAUCUCUUCCCCGUUCCACUGUAUGCCAAUGAGGGUAAAAAGACUGAAAAGUAUAUUAUGACUGUGGCACAGGAAAAACUUCGUGCUAUUGUCACGUUAACUGGAGAUAGCAUCACACAUGCGGACAUAAGCUUUAAGCUGGCACGCCCACCACAUCACCAACAGAAAACGUGCAUUAACCAAGACUCACCAUGGAAGCUGCAGCAGGUACAGGAUGCAGCAAACCACCUCCAACAGGCAAUUAAUCACAUCGAUGAUGUAGAUGCCACCUAUCAUUUUAAAACGUCUGACGAAGUAAUGAAUGUUGUUGGGAACAUACUAGAGGCGCUUCAACGCGCACGAACAAGUUUGGUUAUACCGAAAAAGAAACCAAUAGCUGAUUUGAUUAAAAGUCGCAAUAUGAAAUCACUGGCCCCCAAUUUGUCCGAAGACUUAGCCGUCAGCUUUUAUCUGCAAAGUCAAAAGCUAAUUAUGGCUGUAUAUCAACUCAUCACUGUGCAGGGGACAAUGCGUUUUGACUCAUACCAGGCUGAGGCGACCGUGCAAUGGCUGAACGACGUAAUGCCCGUACUCUGCGCCGGUCUGAAACUCUGCCAACAACUUAAAGACAAGAUAUCUGUGUUCUCCGUGUACAAGGAUUUUACUGUCGAGUCCCGUUCACCUUCUGCUCUUUCGUACUGACGCAGUGACAUCAAUCCUAAAUUAAUAAAAUGCAGCAGCAGAGCAUAAAAAGCAUUACAAAUCGCACAAAUUAAAUUUACUCCUCAGUUAUUUUUUUAACUCGGUUGCUUCUUAAAAUGUUAUAUUGUUGUUUGUACGAAAGCGUUCAAACGUUUUUAUGCAUUUAUUUGAUACAAUUAUGUACACGAAAUAAUUAAGAAGGAAACGCGUUCACACUCAAAAUCACUUGCACCGUUACUCAGACAAUGCCCUAAAUAUAUUCCUAUUCCUAGAGUCCAUAAAAUGGAACCCGUAUAAAAUGGCAUUGUUAGCUUAGUUAAGAAAUAAUUAUGCAAUUUAAUAGAUAAAAAAAUACCUUCAUAUACCUACAUACAUUCGUAUAUUAAAUGUAUGAUUUUAGCUAUAUCUUUAAUUUAGCAUAUUUUUUAUUUUAGUUUGAUUAUUUCGGAAUCUACUUAUAUAUUUAUACCGUGACAGUACUUACAAUUUACUCGCCGUCUAGAUUUUUAUACAAAAAAUAUAUAAAAACUAGAUGUAAAAUUACCAUUAAUGCCUUUUCUGCUUGAAAAGCUCUAAAGAAAAAAAAAAGAAAACGAAUAAAGUUGCCUUUGUACUCAGCUUUAACGGUUGAAAAUAUGUAUUACA